AUGGGUGAUCGAUCAAGCAAUGUCUCUUUUACUGAAUUCCAGUUAAUUGGAUUCACAGACCUCAAAAACUAUCGACCUCUUCUCUUUAUUCCUUUUUGUAUCAUUUUAGUAUAUUCUUUAUUAGCUAAUGCGAUUUUAAUGUUUGUUAUUGCAAAACACAGGAAGUUGCAUGCUCCCAUGUAUAUUCUAAUAGGACUGAUUGCAGCUUUAGGAUUUUUUGUUCCAAUUUACUUUGUUCCAAGAAUGUUGUUCAGUUUUUUGUGGAAUCUGAAUACCAUUACACGACAUGAGUGUUUGAUACAAAUGUUUUGCCUACAUUUUUCUGGUUGUUUUCAGUCCAGCAUUUUACUUGGGAUGGCUGUUGACCGAUAUUUUGCUAUCAUUUUUCCUUUACGUUACAACGACUUUGUAAAUUUGACAAACACUUUAAUUUUCUCUGCGAUUCUGAGCAUUCGUAACACUGUUAUUAUUGUUGCCAUGGUUAGUCUGGUUGUGCCACUUACUUUUUGUAAAACAAAUAUGAUUUACCACAGCUUCUGUGAACACACAUCAGUCGUCAAUAUAGCUUGUAAUGAUAUUUCCAAAAACUAUUUAGCUCUUUCAGUAGCUUUUGGCAUACCAUCCUUUGAUUGUUUUGUUAUAUUUUGCUCAUAUAUCAUCAUUUUCGUGGUUAUAUUUCGUUCUCCGUCGGGGGACUCCCGGCAAAAAGCAAUUCACACAUGCACCACACACAUAAUGGGGAUAGCAGUGGCUUAUAUCAGUGUUGUUACUGCAUUUUUGGGGUAUAGGGUGAGUACAAUACCCAGGGAUGUCCGUGUCUUAAUUAGUGCAAUGUAUCUUCUUCUACCUGGAAUCUGUAACCCUGUGAUUUAUGGUCUCAGAACCACAGAAAUAAGAACUCAAAUUGUUAAAUAUAUAAAAUCUAAUAAAAUUUCUACUUUUUGA